AUGGAGUUUCUAGAUUUUCUGAAUAGAAGUAUUAUUUUAGACGUCCAAUGGAAUUAUCAUGUAAAACACAAGUACGAAGUCACCACUAUUAAUUCGGAAUGGGAAGACAUCGACACUAGCAAGCAUCAGUUUCCUUCGGAAAUUUGGGAAAUAAGACCUACGUGGGAAGUGAUUCUGAAAAUUCUCAGUACUUUACCAAUCAUCAUAAUUGGAUCAUUAGCCAAUAGCGGUUUAAUCUACGUGAUAGUCAAGGAAAAGUCUCUGCGGACUACAACAAAUCUCUUAAUUGUGAAUAUGUGUAUUGCAGAUCUGGCCACUUGUUUGAUAUGUCCAUGGAUGUUUUUCUGCAUAGACAUAUUUCAGAACUAUAUUUUGGGGGAUAUUGCUUGUCAUUUGGAUGGAUUACUGGUGCAUGCUCUAACUCUUGUAGCUGUUUUUAAUUUGAGCGCAAUCAGUUAUGAUCGCGUUUCGGCGAUUGUCUUCAACUGUUCUGGAAAACUGACAAGAAGGACGACACGUAUUUUACUAUUUGCUACUUGGAUUUCUGGUAUAGUUGUUGCCCUUCCCUUAGCCUAUUUUCGACGAUAUUAUGAAAGGCAAUGGAAAAAUUAUUUAGAAACAUAUUGCACUGAGGACACCGCGCUGGUCUAUCCAUACUGGCAUAUUUUUGCGGGUUUGAGUGUUUGGGCACCAUUAGCCAUUAUGGCAAUAUGUUAUUCAGCUAUUCUUAUCAAGUUAGAUCGCUAUGAAUCACAAGCAUUGAGGAGCAAAUAUCCUAUUAUAAUAAAAUACAAAGGAAGAGUAGCACAAAUCCUGGCAUUUAUAGUUUUGGCAUUCAUCAUAUGUCGUGCACCGUUCACUGCUUUAAUAAUCAGAAGGGCACAAUUACUAAAGGAAACACCUAAACCUGGACAAGCAGAAGCUAUGUACCCACUCUGGUAUAUUAGCAGAUACCUGGUAUUGGUUAAUGCAGCAGUAAAUCCUUUAUUAUAUGGCUGUAGCAGUAGUUCUUUAAAAAAAGAAUUAGCAUUGUGCCCUGUUAUAUCUUGGCUUAUCCGUAAAAAGAUACAGGAGGAAUUGAAACCAUGUAGUGUUUCAUUAUUAAAAUCGGACCGUUUUCAUUGUUUAAGGCCACGAUCUCCUUGUAUACGAAUUAACUAUAGUGAAAGAAAAAUACCAAACAUUUCAUCUACUAUCCAUAUGCACAAAUUUACAUUCUAAUACAAUUUAAUUUGAUA